UGGACAUUUGUCGGCCCCCAACCGAUGCUAUCUAAGGUGCUCUCGUUAGAGUACCGUCUCACUAAAAAUGGGAUUUGUGAAAGUUGUCAAGAAUAAGGCCUACUUCAAACGAUUUCAGGUCAAAUUUAGGAGGAGGAGAGAGGGUAAAACUGACUACUUUGCCCGCAAACGCCUUAUAUGGCAGGACAAGAAUAAGUACAACACCCCUAAAUACCGCAUUAUCGUGCGCUUCACAAACAAGGAUAUAGUAUGCCAGAUAGCGUACGCCAGAGUGGAGGGAGACAUGAUCAUCGCUGCUGCGUAUGCUCAUGAGCUGCCCCGAUAUGGCGUCAAGGUAGGGUUGACGAACUACGCUGCAGCGUAUUGCACAGGUCUUCUACUGGCCAGACGGCUGCUUAAAAAACUGAAUUUGGACUCAAUCUACCCUGGUUGUGAAGAAGUAAAUGGAGAUGAGUUUUACGUGGAGGAUGUUGACGGUGAACCUGGAGCGUUCCGGUGUUUCCUGGACGUUGGCUUGGCGCGCACCACCACUGGUGCCCGCGUGUUUGGCGCCAUGAAGGGGGCUGCGGACGGAGGUCUGGACAUCCCUCACAGCGUCAAGCGUUUCCCAGGUUAUGAUGGUGAGUCAAAGGAGUUCAACGCGGAAAUCCAUCGAAACCACAUCUUCGGAAAACACGUCGGCGAUUACAUGAAACAGCUUCAAGAGGACGAUGAUGAUGCUUACAAGCGCCAGUUUUCCCGAUACAUCAAGCUGGGCAUCACUGCUGAUACUAUUGAGGACAUGUACAAGAAAGCCCAUGCUGCAAUUCGGGCUGAUCCUGCUGCCAAACCAGCUGUGAAGAAAGAGGUGCCCAAGAAGAGGUGGAACCGCCAGAAGAUGUCAAGCAAACAGAGGAAAGAUCGUGUCAAGCAGAAGAAAGCUACGUUCCUCAAGAAGAUGGAAGAAGGAGAUGGCUGAUAUGCGUGAUUUUAUGGCCUCCGUCUUUAUUUAUGACAUCAAUCAGAAUGGGCUGGCGUGAAAUAAAAAAAAACCUAGGAAAACAAA